AUGCUGCGGGACGAUGACGCGGCGCGGGGGGCGUUCGCGGCGAUGCUGGUGGACGGGGAGGGAGACGCGGAGGAGGACGCGCGCGCGGUGGCGAGACGGGUGGGCGCGCGCGGGAGACGCGCGGCGGCGUCGGUGCGCGCGAUCGAACGCGCGAUCGAACGCGCGGUGGGCGCGGAGGCGUCGAUGGGGACGAUGGGACGGUCGGGGUCGGGGUCGGGGGGGCGUCGAGGCGCGCAGACGACGGCGACGGGGCGACGCGGGACGGACGCUUCGGACGCGCUCGCGGCGGCGAUGGAGACGUUGCGCGCGCUCGCGGUCGAUGAAAGCGGCGGUGCGGUCGUCGACGCGGUCGGCGGUGGCGACGACGACGACGACGACGCGCGACGUCCGCGUCGCGCGAACGAGGAUUUGGUCAAAGACGAAGACGCGCGCGAUUACGCGCGUCGCGGCGAGGAUUCCAUCGGUUUACGCGACGACGUCGACGUCGAGCGUUGGGUGCGCCGAGGAUUCGAGUGUUUACAUCGAUUCGCGACGAUUCGAAGCAAACGUCGCGAUUCGCGGGCGACGCUCGGUGAUCGCGAGUUCGACACGAGCGUCGACGCGCCCGCGCCGCCGCUCGUCGACGCCUCGGGCGGAUUGGAUGAAGCUAAACAAGCGCACGAUCUCGACGUCGUCAGGCGCAUGGACGACGAAACUUCUGAAAGCGUUCAUAACCUCGUCAAGUCUUGGCUCGCCGAGCAGCGCGACGCCGAACGAGCGAUGCUUGAGCUAGCCGAGCUCGUGCGCGACGACAACGCGGAUUUGCUCGCGAUUCAGCGACGUGAGCUCUUGACGCGCGCGCUCGGCGCCUGGUGCGAAUUUCGCGACGUCACCGCGGCGCUCGAGCUGGGUGUGGAAGAAUUCCGUCUGGCCGAGAAGCGCACGCGGUUUUAUCUUCGCGAGAACGAAAUGUGUUACAAGCACGUGACGCCGCCCGGGGAUUCCAAGGCGCUGGAAAUCGUGCUGAAUAAGCAUUUGGAUCACGCGAGGAAUUCUUUCGCCGUCGCGGCACCGAGCGCGAAAGAGAUCGAGCGCCACGCCAAAGAAUGCGUGCUGGCGACGCGAGCGUUGAACUCGUGUGACGGUGAUUCGUCGCGCGUUGUCGACAAGGCGUACGCCGAUCGUGCGCUCGACGUCAAAGUCAUCCUGCGAGACGUCAUGCGGGAUUUAAAGCGCUCGUUUCGAGCCAUCACUUCCGCCGCGAGCGGCGGCGCUUCCUCCACGAACGCCGGCGCGACGUCGACAAAUUACGAUGUCGAAGGUUUGCAUCGAAGAAUCCAACCCGUGAUGGACAGGUACAAAUCCACCGCCCUCGACGGCGUCGUCGACCGCGUCGUUCGAGCGCUCAAUCUUGAGGGCGCGCACUUGGCGUACGGCAUCGAACUCGCAAAGUGCGCGACGUUCGUGAAAGUCGUGAGCGGUGCGGUCAAAGAGCACGUUAAAGCACUGGACGACGCGCGUUUGGAAGCUGCGCUCAAGGCGUUCGAAGAUGACGACGAUGUUCUCCGCGGCGGCGACGCCAACUCUAAGAGAUCCGCCGGCGGCGCGUCUUCGAAGAAGAAACGGAAAUCUUCGUCGUCCAAGGCGAAGCGAGCGCUGACGAAAGUCGCGCGCGACGUCGAGCGCGAUGAAAUCACCGUCGCUGACGACGCCGAGGACGAACCCGAAGCGCCGACGACGCCGCGAUCGAAGACCCCCGAACCGACGCUCGAAGACGCGGCGAAUUCGGAUUCGGGCGGCGAGUGGACGGCGGCGCGAUCGCGAAGGAAGCCCAACACGCCGCCGCGACCGACGUUCGCGAAGGAAAUGGAUGCGCCUCGAAGACCAACCGUCGCGACGAUGCCGAAUCCACCGCCGCUGCCACCGAAUCCGCCGCCGUUGCCGAGUGGAAAGCCGCCGGCGCGCAUCCCGGCGCCGAGAUCGACCGCCGUCGCCGCCGCCGCGCCGCCUCCGCCUCCGCCUCCGCCUCCGCCGCCGACGGGGCUGUCCGCGCUACCGGAUUUUCCACCCAAGCCGAAAGUCGCAUCGCAAUCGACGUCCGAGUCCGCGACCCCCUCGAGCGACGCCGAAAGCGCCGUCGAUCGAGAGUCGCGAUUGAAGGAAUUCCCGGCGUUGAAGACGAACGAUUCGCCGGCGCUCGCGGCGCCGCCGUCGAGCAAGACGCACGAAGAAAACCAGCCAUCGUCCAGCGUGCCCGCGGCGCCGCCGAAGAAGUCGACGAUG